GUUACUGGUGUGACUCUGGUGCUGCUGGGGUGCUGAGCCUGGGUGCUGACUCUGGGGGUGCUGUGCGCGGGGGCGGGGGUGCUGAGCCUGGGGGUACUACUGCUGGGGGUGCUGGGCCUGAGGGUGCUACUGCUGGAGGGUGCGGAGCCUGGGGCUGGGAGCUGCUGAGUCUGGAGGUGCUGCUGGAGCUGGAGCUGGAACUUCUUCGACCGUCGAGGGUGCGGGUGCUGCCGGUCCCGGAGCUGCUGGACCUGCGGGUCCGCCUGGAGCUGGAGCUGCUGAGGGCGUUCGUGCUGAGGCCUGCUGCUGUUGGUCCUGCCGCUGGAGGUGUGGGUGGCGCUGGUGCUGUCGCUGAGGGUGCUGGUGCUGUCCCUGCUGAGUCUCGAGCUGCCGCGCGGCCUCGGCCGUACUUCGUUCCGCUCCUGCAGCAGGUUCUUGGUCGGACUCUCUUCGCGCUGCCAGUCCUACUGUCACGCGUUCUGCUUGCUACUGUCGUCACUGACCCCUCUUUUGAGUCCACUGCUGCGUCUGCUCUAGUCGCUGAGCUCGUUGACUUUGCUGCUCGCUGUCGUCUCGACUACGCUGCUGGUCUUGUUGCUGAGUCUGCGUCUGUCUGUCCUCCGUCCGUCGGGGGUGAGUGUGCUCUUGGCACGGACGUCCUAGAGGACAGGCCAGGAGGAGUUACAGUGGUGAAGCGGCCGCCGGGCUCUCCACCUGUCUUCAAGGCACGGUACGUUGCUCGUGGCUUCAGUCAGCGGCAGGGAGUUGACUACUUUCAGACCUUCUCUCCCACCCCGAAGAUGACUACUCUUCGGGUGCUGCUGCACAUAGCCGCUCAGCGCGACUACGAGCUUCACUCUCUCGACUUCAGCACUGCGUUCUUGCAGGGUAGCCUGCACGAGGAGAUCUGGCUUCGCCGUCCACCUGGCUUCACUGGGACUUUCCCUCCUGGCACCCAGUGGAGCCUCCGACGGCCAGUCUACGGUCUCCGCCAGGCACCGCCGUGA